AUGACAGCAGCUUUUGAUGCUGCAGUGCAAGAAGUUGUUUCUGAUAAUGAUUUCCAACAAACAUAUUCCAACUUGAUGCUUUUCCCAGUUCCUAUUUGUUCUACCUCUAAACCAGUUUGGCCAUCCACCAAUCCUUUCGCAUCUAGAAGCAAUAUCAGAUUAUGCUUUGAAUUAGGUACUCAAGAUCCAUGGUUGACCAUCAAGAGAACAGUUGGUCAAUAUAUCAUUAAGAAAAUUAAUGCAAAAUAUUCAACAAAUUAUGCUGCCUCUUUUACUCAGUAUAAUACAAGUAGUUUGGGGUAUUUUAAUACAUUGAGAAAGUUGGUUGAUGAUGGAGAAUGUGAUAUUAUUACAAGUAAUGCUACACCUCUUCCUGAAAGAACUACAGUUGCUCACUUCCAAUGUAAUUAUGGUACUGGAUCCAAUGGUUUCUUAAGAUCACUCAGAAAUCAAAGUAUUUCCAUUACAGACAUUAAUCAAUUCAAUUCACCUGAUAUGAUUGUUGGUGCCUAUGAAGGAACUGUUUACUCAACCUACGUUAAAACCUAUCUUCCAAAAGCUACCUAUGUUCAAUUCUCAAGUGCUGCUUCAUCUUAUCAAGGAGUUUUGGAUCAAUCAGUUCAUGCUAUUAUUGGAGAUGCUAUUCAAUAUAGAAAUUGGAUGAGUUUGAAUGGUAAUAGUUGUAAGGGAUGUUCUGUUUCAUUGUUUGGAGAUUCAUAUGGAUUUGCUACUUUUACUGCAUUUAAUUCUACAAGUGCUGGAGUUUCAUAUCAAGUUGUUUCGAAUAACGUUGGAAUGUUGGCUAUUUUGAUUAGUUUGAUUAUUUCAUUCAUUUUCUAA